AUGAAGAAAUAUGGCGUGACUCAGCAGAUAGCAACAGCUUUUCAUCCGCAAACCAACGGACAAGCAGAGGUUUCAAAUAGAGAAAUCAAGUCAAUCCUAGAGAAGACCGUUAAACCAAACCGGAAAUAUUGGAGCUUGAAGUUAGUUGAUGCAUUAUGGGCAUAUCGCACAGCCUACAAAAGACCUAUCGGGAUGUCACCUUACCGACUUGUUUUCGGCAAACCUUGCCACUUGUCUGUCGAACUCGAGCAUAGGGCAUUUUGGGCGGUGAAGGAAUGUAAUAUGGAGAUGAACGCUGUUGGUGAAGCACGGAAACUACAUAUCCAAGAGCUUAAAGAGAUUCGCCGCAAUGCUUACGAUAGCGCACAAAAUUAUAAAGAGCGAACAAAAGCAUUUCAUGACAAGCGCAUUUCAUUUAAAUCAUUUUCUGUUGGGCAAAAAGUUCUCCUAUUUAACUCAAAAUUUAAAAUUUUUGCAGGGAAACUUAAGUCCAAGUGGAGCGGACCAUUUACCGUGAUCAAUGUUUUUCCUCAUGGAGCUGUAGAAAUUGAAGAUAGCUCAGGUGCACAGUUUAAAGUUAAUGGACAACGGCUAAAACCUUUCUUCGAGAGCACACCAAUCGGACUAAUUGAAGAAAUCGGGUUGGAAGAGCCAAAAAUCUGA